AUUGAAGAGUCAAAGGACUCAACCAGAACCACCAAGAGCAUUCACACCAUCUUGAACAGAUGCUUAUUCAAAGUAGUAGUGUACACUCUCAGAGUUAGGCACAGUGCAUUUAACAAGAAAAGAUCUCAAACUGUGUUGAACUAAAAUAUCAAGAUUUGAGAGAAAGCUGACCAGGAAAGAAGUGACAGGAACAGAUUUUUGACAUCCACCUCGAGUACUGACCACCUCCUGUUUCAGUCUUGACUGCUGCAACUUUUUUUUUUAAAUAUAUCUACUUGGACAAGUAAGAAGGACCCCCACAGAUUAUCCUGCAAUGUUCUGAAACUUUUCACAACAAGAGUCUGCUCAGCAGCUCAGGAUUGUGAACAAUGCGACAUGAAGCGACCCACGUGGAGGAUGGAGAGCAAGACUUCAGCAGCCACGGUGAAGAUGACAGUCCCAAUUACAGCUGGUCCUUGUUACAGACCAUGAACUAUGUGGGUCAGCUGGCGGGUCAGGUGUUUGUGCAGGUCAAGGAGCUGUACAGGGGACUCAACCCUGCAACACUGUCUGGAUGUAUAGAUGUCAUUGUGGUACGGCAGCCCGAUGGCUCCCUGCAGUGCUCCCCCUUCCACGUCCGCUUUGGCAAGAUGGGUGUCCUGCGGUCCCGUGAGAAAGUGGUGGACAUAGAGAUUAAUGGAGAGCCGGUGAGUUUGCACAUGAAGCUUGGGGAAAAUGGUGAAGCCUUCUUCGUUGAAGAGACUGAGAACACUCUGGAAGUAGUUCCGUCCUACCUCGCCACCUCUCCCAUCAUGUCCAUCGGGGAGCAGUUAAUGGAGUCCCAGCUGGGCCGGGGCAGUGCUCGUCACCAUGACACAAUCCCAUGCAGCUCACUCCCUGUCCUGAACCUGGGACCACAGCAAAGUGACAGUGGCAUUUCCAAGAAGAGGAGGAGGAGGAGGAGGAAGGCACGGCAAGAUGCAGGAGGCGGAGGAGGAGGGAGACGAGAGGAGAGCGGAGAAGAGUUCUCAGAUGAAGAAGACAUGUUUACUAUCGACUUGAGCUCAGAUGAGGAGAAAGAGGGGGACGGCAGCAGACCUGUAUUUGGGGAUCAGGGGUCCACAGCCAACCCUCACGCCCGCCCCAGCACUGAUUGGAUCCGUUCACAGAGUAAAGGCAUUCAGGAGACUCUCUCCAUCCCUCCACAGUGUGGUCUGUCCUUCUCUUGUCCUCAGCAGACCUCUCACUUCUCUUCCCCUGUUAGCAUUCCUGAUGAGUCACGGUCAUCAACUCCGAAGAGCGACUCAGAGCUAAACAAUCAGAACAAAGAUAACCCUGAGAUGCUUUGGACUUGGGGGGAACUGCCACAGGCUGCCCAGCCAGCCUUCCUCACUUCCCAUCUAAAGCAGGACCCAGUCACAGCAGUCUCCAUCCCGGUGUCUGCCUGCACUCACUUCAGAGCCAUUAAUGACACUGGACCUCCCUCCCUCAAUCUCUAUGCUACUGAGUCAGGAGAGACGGCUGCUCACAGUGAGGACAAGGACAAUAUGACCGGGGACAGGGUCGGAGGAGAGCAAGGUAGUCACAUUGAGGACAGAUCAACAAAUCAACAGCCUUAUCAGAGUGGUGACUAUAGAAGAGCAGUGGAAAGUGUUGGACCAUUGUGUGCAGAGAUGGAGGCGUUGACAGCCAGUUUAGCAUCUCCUAGGAUGCUCCUCGAUCAUCUUGAUGAGGGGAGUAACAGAGGAAGCCCCAACAGAAGAACAGAUUCACCAUCCAAAAAGAAAGAAAAGAGAAGCCAACACUUGGGUGCUGAUGGCAUAUACCUGGAUGAUAUAACAGAGCUGGAGCCUGAAGUUGCUGCUCUCUACUUCCCUAAAAGUGAUGGAGGCAGCAGCUCCAUGAAGAUGGACUCAGAGAUGAUGAUGAUGGGAGUGCGGAGUGCUAACCAAUCCCCACAGUCAGUAGGCAGCAGUGAGAUGGACAGUGGUGUAGACAGUUUGUCCGACCAAAUGGGGGACAUGUCUCAUGUUGCUAUCUCUUUGUGCGGAGGACUCUCAGACAACAGAGAGAUCACAAGAGAAGAGUUCCAGGAAAAGGCAAUUUCAUACCAGCAGUUUUCUGAAAACCCUUCAAUGAUCGAUGACCCUAACCUGGUUGUCAAGAUAGGAAACAAGUACUACAACUGGAAUACAGCAGCUCCAGUCAUGUUGGCCAUGCAGGUCUACCAGAAACCUCUGCCGCAGGCCUCAGUGGAGAACAUCAUGAAGGACAAGAUGCCAAAGAAAGGAGGACGCUGGUGGUUCUCAUGGAGGAGCAGGAACAGCGACUCCAAAUCAGAAUCAGUGGAGGCCGGAGACAGAGAAGAAAGCUCAAUCCCCAUGCCUUCAGUGAACAGAGUGAAAGAUGAAUCAUCCUCAAGUGAUGAGGAUCACAGAUCGUCCAAUCAGGCGUCAGGGUCCUGCCUGGCUGAUCCCCUCACGAGUUCAAGCAGUGUUUAUUAUAAGAAGACUCUCCGGCUCACCUCAGAGCAGCUGGCCAGUCUGCAGCUAAAGGAGGGUCCUAAUGAGGUGGUGUUCAGUGUGACCACGCAGUAUCAGGGCACCUGCCGUUGCAAUGGCACUAUCUAUCUUUGGAGCUGGGAUGACAAGAUUGUGAUCUCAGAUAUAGAUGGGACAAUCACCAGGUCAGACACACUGGGUCACAUCCUUCCAACUCUGGGCAAAGACUGGACACACCAGGGUAUCGCACGUCUCUACCACAAAGUCAGCCAAAAUGGAUAUAAAUUCAUGUACUGCUCAGCAAGGGCUAUAGGCAUGGCUGAUAUGACGCGAGGCUACCUGCACUGGGUCAAUGAGAGAGGAACCAUGCUGCCAAUGGGCCCUGUGCUGCUCAGCCCCAGCAGCCUUUUCUCUGCCUUGCACAGGGAGGUGAUCGAGAAGAAACCAGAGAAGUUCAAGAUCCAGUGUCUCACAGACAUAAAGAACCUUUUCUACCCGAACACUGAACCUUUCUACGCUGCUUUUGGCAACAGAGCGACGGAUGUGUAUUCCUAUAAGGAGGUGGGCGUCCCUCUGAACAGGAUUUUCACUGUCAAUCCCAAGGGGGAGCUGACCCAGGAGCACGCCAAAACCAACAUCUCCUCCUUUGGUGGUCUGUGCGAGGUGGUCGAUCACGUUUUCCCUGUCCUCCCCCGUGCUUACACCUUUGAUCAAUGCAACUAUUGGAGCGACCAGCUUCCUGAUGGCACCAGCCGGGAUGAAGAUCCACAGCCUCUCAAAACAAGCUGAAGAAAAGCCCAUCAGAUCCAGCACUAAGGACGCCGCUUUUCUCCACAACACAGUCAGGCACGAUGCUGUGGUCAGUGGUUUUGUGAUACACUGGUACGCCUGGUGCCCAGAUCAAGACUAAAUAUGCUGAUUAUUUCAUAUUUAAAAACUAACACAAGAGAUCUGUCAGAAACAGCCAUCAAGCCAACAUUUACUCUUUACUAUGGAGCUUUGGGGCUCAUCCAAGGCUCAGAGAUGUCGUUUAAGAUUAGUUUUUGAGACUACUGAAUCAAAGAAAACAAAUGUGUUUCAGUGUCUCACAUUCACAUCACAUUUUUUACAGAGAAAUCUCAGAUGAAUCUCAGCAGCAGCUGCUUCAGGGAUUUUACUGACACAAACACAUAGACACAAGGUAUUCCAUAAAAAGUACACCACAAGAAUAAUUUGCCUCGCUUCAUGCUUUUCACCUUCCCAAGAGAUCUUUCAACCACAUCAUUUAUUUUUUACUUGUGGAUAAAAAGCUUGCAUACAAAAUUCACAAGGAGUGAAAAAUCAUUUUCAUUCUUACACCACUAUGACUUUAAGAUACUGGUGUACCAAUAUGGGUUUAUACCCACUGUUCACCUGGUACCUUUAUUUGUUCAGACAUGCCUGUCUUUAAAUGAUCCACUAACCUACGUUGAGGUUAGCAUCAAGAGAAGUUCAUGAAAACAUCAAGCCUAAUAGGUGAAUGAACUAAGGAAUGAUUUACUUAACAAGUCAAAGUCUCAUCUCAAAUCAGCCUGUUGUUUCAUCGUGCAUUCUUUAUCUUUUUUUCUGUUACAAGCAGUACUUUCAGCUAAUAGUAGAGACUCUUGGUUAAGGUGUUAGCAGACACAGGGAUGUUUCUGUUGUAUUCUUCAGGUACAGCAGAUACAGCACAAAACUGUUAUAACAGAAGCAUCACUUCACAUCACAUUGCACCUAAACCAUUCAGAACUUGCAAAAAUAGCACAGAAAAUGUAUCCAGUCAUCCUCUGUGCCCAAUGUGUGGGGUCCUCUGACCGUGCUACUGUGAAAAAAUGUGACCCUUGCACAUUUUCUUACCAGGGUACAGUGACAAUACUCAAGGUAAAUGCAGUACAAUGCAAUUAACUUCUAUGUUCAGUCUGUUUUUUUUAAAUUAACUCCAGUGAUAUGCGAAUGUAGUGUAUGAAUCACUCAGUGUUUGUUAUUUUAAUGACUAAUGCUCAUCAAUGCAAUAACUGUAUAGCUCUUACAGGACAUACAGUCAUUUCUUUUCUGUUUUGGCAUGUGGUGUCCACACAGAGAAAUAUACUUUUACAGCACUUAUCACUUCUGCCUUGGACACUUGCGUGCAUACAGACAAAAGAAAUCUCUACACAAACAGUUUUAAGGUCGUUGUUUGUAUAUAUAUUUUUUUUAUCAGUUAUCUCAUGUUUUUUGUAAAUUUAAAAUCUACUGUACUGCAUUUCUGUGAGAUGGAAACCUGUUUAUUUUAACCACAUGUAUCACUUUUAAUAGGGAAACCACUAUAAAUAAUAAUUCACAUCCUGUUUUUUUUUAAACCAUAUGAAGUCAACUUAAAAAAAAAAAAAAAAACUCUGCUCAUCUUCUGAGGGGUUUCCAGUAUUUAAAAAAACAAUGUUACUGGUGCUCAUUCUAAUGCACUUAGAGCCAUAUUAUGCUUUCCUUUAAAUGUCUUUUUAAACCAGCGGCCUCCUAUCUCACUUUGAAGUGGCAGUUCCACAACGUGACCACUAAAGCAGGAGGUAAAGUUGCAGUGAUUUAGAGAAGCCAGAGGAUGGAUUACCUAUUAUUAACCCUUGCAUUUUGUUGAAUUCCUUUGAAGCGGUAUGUUUGAUGACACUUGUAACUCUCGCAACAAACAGACAGUGAACGAACGCACAUGUUCAUCUAAAUGCAAAAGUAGAUUAUCGUGAGCAACUUUGAAUACAAGACUGUUUCAGGAAAAGGAACAAAAACUACAAGAAAAAAUGAAACAAACAACAUGUUUAAGUAAAUCACAUGAUUUCAAUAAGAAUGUAUGAGAAUAAUUGAACUCUGAUAUGAAUAUAUCCCAUAUUGAUCAAAUCAGAAAAGCUGAAUACUUUAAAUGAGCCUUCUGAUUGGUUGUGACUGAGUCUGUUCUACUGUUAUAUACUCUUUGUGCAUAGGAUAGAUAUGUCUGAAUCUGUUCUGUGAUUGACUUUGCCUAAAGGAAAAACAAAUCAGGAAUCAACCUGAUUUACAUUUAAAACUAUUGAUGUGAACAAGCUUUGAGUGAGUCUAAUGUAGUGAGGAAAAAUACAACGGACGCAUGCUGUUGUAAUGUGCAGAUGCAGAUUAAUGUGGAUGUUAUGAUCACUGUCCAGUCACUACAUCUGUGUAAGGAAGAACCUCCCUUUAACAAAGGAGGAAGAAAAGGAGAUUUAAGAAACAAUGGCUUCCAAAUUUCACAUAAAAAGAAUAAUUUCCCAACAUUAGGAGAUGAAUCUGUCAUUCUGACUUCAUAGCCUUGGCCUCAUUUCUUGGUAUUUUAAGUAUAUCAUAUAGCACAUGUUGGAAUAUUUCAGUCCAAAAGCACAUUUUGAUCUGUGUGAAGACAGUACAGAGUUCAAGAAGAUCUUUUGAACUAUGAAAUAUGGAAGUCAAAAGUAAGCUGCAUUCUCCUUUUAAUGAACACCAUACUCAUCUGAUUAUUUUGUGUAAUCAUCUUUUAGAUGUUUAGCUCCUAAUUCUUUCUAUGAAAGAUUUAUUUAAGCUCUGGACCAGUUAUCCAGUCUGUCUGUGGGUUGUCAUGGAUGUGGAGCCUUCCCUCCCAUGUAAAGCAGCAGCCUACAGAGCAGUGUGCAGUGUAAGCUAUUAUGAACAACAUGAUGUGAAUGAAAUUGUACAUUGAACACAUUUUUCAAUAAAAUCAAAGAUGAUUGCUACUUGUUA